AUGGAUCCACCUACGGCCGCGGCCGCCAUGCGGCGCUGGGAGAAUCUCCAAGAAGACCUCGUCGGUUGCAUCGGCGACGGGGUCGAGGACCUCAAGUGCUACGCCAGCGUGCGGGGCGCCUGCACGGCGUGGCGCCGGGCGCUCAAGCCGCCGUCCCCGCUCCUUCUCAUCGGCCAGAACAGCACCGCUACUGCCUUCUCGCUCCCCACGCGCCGCUCCUUCAGCGUCAGGGCCAUCCCCGGGCCCUACUUCGGCUCCAAGGACGGGUGGGUCGCCUAUCUCUCCGAUUGCUGGCCCUGGCUAUGGGCCGGCUUCUGUGUGUUCAUCCUCUCCAACCCCAUGACCGCCCUCGAUGUCUUCCUGCCGCUACUCGGGUGCGAGAACAGGCUCGUCACCAAGGUCGUCUUCGCACCCAGCCCCGCCAAGGACGACUUCACCGCCGCCGCCAUUUGUGGGGUCACUGGGCUUGGUUACGUUGUCGCAUGGGACAAGGAGUGGACCAUCCUCGAUCCCCUCCGCCUUCACGCAAGAUAUCAGCUCACUGACGUCCUCUUCUAUGGCAAAGGUACAGUAUACUACCUCACCUGGUGUGGAGAUGUCCACGUGCUCCACCUGGCGGAGCUCCGCCGGAUUGGACCGACACUGGUGACCACGGUCGAGCCUUUGUUGUCUGCCAACAACCAUCCAUUCGAGUUCGACCCUGAGACCAGUUUUAAACCGUUCCACGGCAAACUGUCGAGUUUCACUGGCGCCAAGCACCUUGUAUUCUGCGAGGGCAACCUCUACCAAAUCUGGGGGAACGCGAGCUGCAGGGUCAAUUUGUGUCUGCCAUCGGGCAGUGGUCGCCGCUGGGUAGAGCAGAAUGAAAUAUUUGUUCUGAGAUAUUAUCCCCAGCACCAACCAUGUUGGGAUGCCGUCACCGGCUUGGGUGCCUACUCAGUGUUUGUCGGGAGGAACAACGCGGUGUCAAUUUAUGCCCAAGGUGUCUCCAGACUGAAGGGUAACUGUGUGUACUGGAUCAGCAGAUUUACUUCCUAUGUUGUUGGUUUCUAG